GGCAAAAAGACAUACAUACACACACACACACACACACACAUACACGCAAAAGAUUCUAGCAUUAUUUCAUUUAUGCAUAAUAAUAUCACCAAGGACCCAGGUUUUUUCUACCAUCUUUUAAUGCUGUACUUCUUUUUUGUUGGGUUGUCCUCUUAGGCUUUUUCCUUCCUCAUGGUCCUAAAAUGACUCGCUAAACUUCUGCUUGACAAUUCAAACCCAACGUUGCCUGAAAAAAAAAAAAAGUAUUUUCAUAUGGUUUUUUUCUUCAGCUCAGGAAAACCAUCUCUAGAAGCUCCCGGGCAAACUCAAUAUCUUGUCUCAUUGGCCAGAAUUGCAUCACAUGCUCAUUGAUAAACCACUGUUUGGCAGGGAGAAUGGAAAUUGGUACAGUUGACUUAGAUCAGAGCUUUCUAAUCCUGGUGUUAAGCAUCCUUUUGUCUUGUCUCUUUUAGAAGUUUUUUCCCCCUUGCCUUUUGGUUCUCUGCUGUAGAUUAGAUUUAUGAAAAUAUGCAUCAGUUUAAUACUGUCUUGGAAUUCAUGAGAUGGAAGCAUAGGUCAAAGCUGUUUGGAGAAAAUUGGAAGUACAGUUUUAUCUAGCCACAUCUCUGAGGAGUCAGGAGAAAGCAGUGGAAGUUGGAGUCAUUGUCAAGUGAUUGAGACCUUUUACAAGAAAAUCUCAUUGAAUAAAAAUCUUUUAAAUUAGUGACAUAACAAGACCACUUAUUAAAUAUUAAAGGUGACAGUGUACAGGAAACGUUAAAAUUGAACAAUGACUCAGCUAUAUAUUUACAUCAGAUUAUUGGGAGCCUAUUUAUUCAUCGUUUCUCAUGUUCAAGGGCAGAAUCUAGACAGCAUGCUCCAUGGUACUGGGAUGAAAUCAGACUCCGACCAGAAAAAGUCAGAAAGUGGAGUGACCUUAGCACCAGAGGAUACCUUGCCUUUUUUAAAGUGCUAUUGCUCAGGACACUGCCCGGAUGAUGCUAUUAAUAACACAUGCAUAACUAAUGGUCAUUGCUUUGCCAUCAUAGAAGAAGAUGACCAGGGAGAAACCACAUUAGCUUCAGGGUGUAUGAAAUAUGAAGGAUCUGAUUUUCAAUGCAAGGAUUCACCGAAAGCCCAGCUACGCAGGACAAUAGAAUGUUGUCGGACCAACUUAUGUAACCAGUAUUUACAACCUACACUGCCCCCUGUUGUUAUAGGUCCAUUUUUUGAUGGCAGCAUUCGAUGGCUGGCUUUGCUCGUUUCUAUGGCUGUCUGCAUAAUUGCUAUGAUCAUCUUCUCCAGCUGCUUUUGUUACAAACACUAUUGCAAGAGCAUCUCAAGCAGACGUCGUUACAAUCGUGAUUUGGAACAGGAUGAAGCAUUUAUUCCAGUUGGAGAAUCAUUAAAAGACCUUAUUGAUCAAUCACAAAGUUCUGGUAGUGGAUCUGGACUACCCUUGUUGGUUCAGCGAACUAUUGCCAAACAGAUACAGAUGGUUCGGCAAGUUGGUAAAGGCCGAUAUGGAGAGGUGUGGAUGGGUAAAUGGCGUGGUGAGAAAGUGGCAGUCAAAGUGUUUUUUACCACUGAAGAAGCUAGCUGGUUUCGGGAAACAGAAAUCUAUCAAACUGUGCUAAUGCGCCAUGAAAACAUACUUGGUUUUAUAGCUGCAGAUAUUAAAGGUACAGGUUCCUGGACCCAGCUCUAUUUGAUUACUGAUUACCAUGAAAACGGAUCUCUCUAUGAUUUCCUGAAAUGUGCUACGCUAGAUACCAGAGCCCUGCUUAAGUUGGCUUACUCCGCUGCUUGUGGUCUGUGCCAUCUCCACACAGAAAUUUAUGGCACUCAAGGAAAGCCUGCAAUUGCUCAUAGAGACUUAAAGAGCAAAAACAUCCUCAUUAAGAAAAACGGAAGUUGUUGUAUUGCUGACCUGGGCCUUGCUGUUAAAUUCAACAGUGAUACAAAUGAAGUCGAUGUACCUUUGAAUACUAGAGUGGGUACCAAACGCUACAUGGCUCCAGAAGUGCUGGAUGAAAGCCUGAAUAAAAACCAUUUCCAGCCCUACAUAAUGGCUGAUAUCUAUAGCUUUGGCCUGAUCAUUUGGGAAAUGGCUCGUCGUUGUAUCACAGGAGGAAUAGUAGAAGAGUACCAGUUGCCAUAUUAUAACAUGGUACCCAAUGAUCCAUCAUAUGAAGAUAUGCGUGAGGUUGUGUGUGUCAAACGUUUGCGGCCAAUUGUAUCUAAUCGAUGGAACAGUGAUGAAUGUCUACGAGCAGUUUUGAAGCUAAUGUCGGAAUGCUGGGCCCACAAUCCAGCCUCCAGACUUACAGCUCUGAGAAUCAAGAAGACACUUGCUAAGAUGGUUGAAUCUCAAGAUGUAAAGAUUUGACAGAUAAAUAAUCAUGAGAAAUUCUAGACUGCAAAAACUGUUUUCACCCAUGGAACAGGUGGAAUUAGAGUAGAAUAAGGAUGUUAACUUGGUUCUCAGACUUUCCUCACUACACCUUCACAGGCUGCUAAUAUUAAACCUUUCAGUACUCUGUAGAAUACAAGCUGGGAACUUCUAAACACUUCAUUCUUUAUAUAUGGACGACUUUAUUUUAAAUGUGGUUUUUGAUGCCUUUUUUUUUUUAUUGGGUUUUUAUGAACUGCAUCAAGACUUCAAUUCUGAUUAAGUCUCCAGUCAAACUCUGGGUACUGAAUUACCUAUUCAUAAAAUGGUGCUUUCUGUGAAAGCCUUAAGAAGAUAAAUGAAUUCAGCAGAGAUGGAGAAAUAGACAUUUUUGCCUUCUACCUGAGAAAAUUUAAUCUAUUUGUAUUCUACCUUUGUAAACAGCCUAUGGAUUAUGAUCUGUUUGGGAUACUGCUUAGUUUAUGGUAGUUUGUCAUGCUUUGAUUGUGUGUGUGUGUGUGUGUAUGUGUGUGUGUGUGUGUGUGUACAUGCAUGCAUACCAGAAUUCUUCUGCUGCCAUUUAAAUUAGAAGAAAAUAAUUUAUGAAUGCACAGGAAGGUAUUUGGUGGCUUUUGGUUUUGUGCUUUAAAAAUGCAUUAUCUGACCAAGAUUUGCCAAUUAUAGAAAAGCCAUUUACCUUGCAAGUGAGCUAGUUUCUCUACCAACUAUAUUUUUUAACAUUAAAGUUGAUAACAAAGGCCAAAAAAAGUUUAAAGUAUACCUAAAUUUGGACUGUUUUCCUUCCUCCACAAACUUUUUUUUGUAAUUAUUAUUUUUGUCAUGAAAGCAUCCUAUCCAAAGUUGGAACUUCCAAUGUCAUGAACCUUUUAAGGAAUGCACUUCUUUUUGAAGUGAAUACUAAUUACUGCAUUUGAUAGCAAUGUAAGUGCCUAUAACCAUGUUCUGUAUUCUUUAUUCUCAGUAACUUUUAAAAGGGAAGUUAUUUAUAUUUUGUGUAUAAUAUGCUUUACUUGCAAAUUACCUGCUCCUUUACAACCAUAUUUUAUAUAUGUACAUACAUCCAUACCAUAGAAACCAGCUCAUGUGUACCUCAUAUCCCAUCCUUAAGGGAAAAAAAAUUAAAAGAUCAUCAGAAAAAAAAUGUCAUAAAGUAGAACUACCUAAAAAUUUUCAGAAAUAAUUCAAAGUAGUAUAUCAAUGCCAGGACUUUGUUUAACUUCAGGUCUAGGCAUACCUUCAUGAAGAUACUAUCAUCUCAAUAUUCCUUUAUAAUGGGAUCCUCCAAUUAGAAAUUUCUGUUUCAGAGUUAAUACAAAUUUAUAAACUGUUUUAGACAUUUAAGUCACUUGAGAUUUUUGGUUUUAUGAUUUCUGUUCCUUACGUUGUAAAGACAAGAGUUAGGCAAAAAAAGUUCAGUAUCUAGUCAAUACGUAUUAACUAUACCAUAUACCUGUUAUUCAAUAAAAGUGCUACAUAUUUUAUGGAUGCCUUGUUUUCCCAAGGAGUAAUUGUGAUCUACUUAAACAUAAUAUUUUUCUGCUUUUUGAAUAUUAAUGUCUUAUCUGAACCAACAACUCAUGGGUGCAUAAAGUGAGACAGUUUUCUUUGAAUAUAACAUAAAAUAAAUGUGAUUAUAUCACAACAUACUUUAAAAAAACUUUAAAGGGGAGGAAUCAGAGAAAUAUAUCUAUCCAUUAUCAAAAAUUUGACAUUUUAAGAAAGGAAUUUUGUCUAUACAUCAAAUUUCUCAAAUUUGAAACUUGCUUUUUAACAGUUUUGACCAAGUAUAGUAAUUUUCAUCUAGCAUAAUUAACGUCUGAAGUGUUUAUCAAGAUAAGUAAAUUUAUAUAUUGAUAGUACUCAAUUACUUGCUCUUUGAAAAUGUUUUUCCCAUCUCUACACUGAGAAAUACAGAUAUUUGAAUCUAAAUUGCCAUAUGAUUUAAGAAUACUUAUGAGCUCUGAUCUACUCAUUCUAGGGUUAACCUUGAUUUAUUUUUUACUUGGUAAUCUACCUUGAAGAUAAUUUGUCGUCUAAUAAUAAAUAAGAAUGUAAGGGGAGUUCCUGUUGUGGCUCAGCAGUAACCAAGCCAACUAGUAUCCAUGAGGAAGCAAGUUGGAUCCCUGGCCUUGUUUAAUGAGUUAAGGGUCUGGCAUUGCCGAAAGCUUUGGUGUAGGUCACAGACACAGCUUGGAUCCCAUAUUGCUGUGGCUGUGGUGUAGGCUGGCAGCUGUAGCUCUGAUUUGACCCCUAGCCUGGGAACUUCCAUAUGCUGUGGGAGUGGCCGUAGAAAAAAGAAGAAUGUUAAGGAAAGGCAAACUCUAUUCUUAGAAAUGUUAAAACAGUGGAAUUUAAAAGUUACAGAUAAUAUAUAAGUACACGACCAUUAUAAUGAUUUUUAAAUUAAAAAUCUAUUAAAAGUGAUAUCAAGAACUAACCUUAGAAAUUAAUAAAAAUAUUUUCUGAUAUGACAUGUUCUUUAAAAAGCAAAUGAUGUACAUUUUUGAAAUCCAAAAGUCUUUUUUAAAAGUUUCAUGAAACCUAUUUUUUCUCUCCUUUUAUUCUUAAAUUUCUAAGUUCAUCCAGUAAGUGAAAUAUUUAAAGGGUAAGAGGAAGUAUUACAUAGUACCAUAGAUAAUAAUUUGUAAAACUCUAGAAGCCUUUAUUUGGUCCUACUUACAACUUAGCCUCUUAAAAAUGUGUGGCUUCUGUCUGUCAUUUCUUUGAAUAACUAAAACAUGAAGACAAACAAAAAACCAGAGCUACCUGAAUAUAAAAAAAGUUAAUCCUCUUUCAAAGAAAAUUCUUCUUGUGAAUUCUCUUUAUACUGGUAAAUAUCUCUAGAAUUAAGGGCAUACUCAGAUUGACCUCAGUGUGUCUACUCUGUCUUCCCUGUACUUUUCUUAUUGAUGAAGUAUAAAAUUUGAAUCUAGUUUCUCUGGAAAUGUUUUCACAAAAGAUAAUUCAAUUGACAUUUUGUAUUGCCUUUCCAAUUCCAGAAGUGCUUUUAAGCUUAGAAAGUGACCUAUAGUUUUUGGAAAUUAUGGUUUCCUAGAAUAUGCCAGAUUUUUAUUUUAUUCACUCUAAAAAAAUGUUCAGUACCUUUUUUCCCAGAUGUAUUGCAUCUGUUUAGAGCAAAAUGCAAUACAGUGUUUAAAGAAACAUGCAUCUCUUAAGUUGGCCCAAGAUCAAAUUCAUUAUUGAAUAAAUUAUUCCGGGCAAGAUUUUACAAGUUAAACUCCUAUGUUUCUUUGCAUACAUGUUGUUUUGAAAUAUUUCUAAAUAUCUAAAAUAAUUUCAGCAACAGGAGUAUGAAUUGAUUUUUUAAAAAAGAUUGUUGCAGCUCUUGUACUGUUUAAAAGUGGUAAUAUUUAUCACUUGCUUGGGUCAGACGUUAAAAUAGCAGUAUAGCAGUUCAGCCUUAGUGCUGUUAUGAAAGUCACAGUGAAAACUUCAGAGAGCUGACAUGUUCAUAAAAACCAGAUUAAAUCUAGGGCAGCAUCACAUGAAGCCACAUGUAAUGAUCAUCCCAUAAGGAAAGUAUGUGAAUACUGCUUUUGCAAAGGAUAAAAUAUAUUAUUGUAAUUUUAGCUUGUGCUCUAUACUGUGCUUUCAACGGAAUUAUUUAAGCCCUUUUAGUGACUGUUGUCCUUAGCCAUCUAAAAACUGAAGUGUAGAAUAUAUUGUAUAAAAUAAAAGUAUCAUUGCUUAAUUAGGAAAAUUGUACAUAGACAUUGAAAGAAGGGUUAAAAACAGGCAAUUUUAUUAUGCAAUUGUAAAACACCAAAAAUAUAGAUUCAUCUUUGAUAUAUGUAACACACUAAAUGUAUUUUGUACAGCAUCUGGUUUAAAAGGUGCCUUAUUAAGUUUAUCAUUAAUUGCUUUGUUCUAUAUAUAGAUUACAUCCAAUGUAUCAUUUUUAAGUAAAUAACCUUAUUUUAGUAUACUU